AAUAUAAUAACAUAUGUGCAGUGGGGAUCACAGCCACAGAGCACAGCAGCACACUUUGAGCUCAGGGAUUUGGCUUGGUGUCAGCAGAAUGUUCCAGGCUGGACCCUCCCCUCUGCCUGCCCUAUGAAGCAGAGACUGAAGGUUUCUCUUUCUCUGCCAGUAUCCGGAUUCAUUCAGAAGUCCAUACUGAGCCUUAUCAUGGCCACAAAGUGGGGCAUCUGCUCUGCAGGAAAGAUUAGCAAUGACUUUGUGGCAGCUCUGGAGACGCUGCCAGCUCAGGAUCACCAGGUAGUAGCGGUGGCUGCCAGGGAUGUCAGCCGUGCUAAGGAAUUUGCCCAAACGUUUAACAUUCCCAAAGUGUAUGAUUCAUAUGAAGAGCUUGCCAGAGACCCUGACAUUGAUGUCGUCUAUGUUGGCGCCAUUCAUACCGUCCAUAGAGAUGUGGCACUGAUGUUUAUGAAGAACGGGAAAAAUGUCUUAUGUGAAAAGCCGAUGGCCAUGAACCUCUCGGAGGUUAAGGAGCUGACAGCGGCUGCCAGGAAGUACAACGUCUUUCUAAUGGAAGCUUUUUGGAGCCGCUUUUUCCCAGUCUAUGAACAGAUCCGCUCCCUGCUGAACCAGAAAGUCCUCGGAGAGGUGAAGGUUGUACGGGCAGAGUUCGGUGCUAACUUGCUCGGCGUGCCCCGGGCAGUGGAGAAGGAGCUGGGUGGUGGAGCAAUCCUGGACAUUGGUUGUUACUGUAUACAGUUUGCCUUAAUGGCUUUCAAUGGAGAAAAACCAGAGUCUGUAACUGCCAGAGGAUUUCUGAAUGAGACUGGUGCUGACGAGACUGUGACGGUUAUCCUGCAGUACCCAGGGAAACGUCAGGCCAUACUGACCUGUACCAUGGUGACCGAGCUGCCAAACCAAGCUGCUAUCUGUGGAACCAAAGGGAUGAUUCAGAUUCCGUCCUACGUCUGGUCUCCAACUUCCAUAAUCGUCAACGGGAAAGAAACCAAGUACUCCCUUCCCCCUACCACAAGGCACCUGAACUUUAAUAACAGCACUGGACUGAGUUAUGAAGCAGAACAUGUGCGACAGUGUCUAUUAAAAGGAGUGAAAGAGAGCCCAGUGAUGAGCCUGGCUGACAGCGAGUUGUUGGCUGGCAUUAUGGAAGAGGCACAAGUACAACUUGGGAUCAGUAAGAAAAGUGAAUGAAUGUAAAAGUCUAAAAUGCAGAAAUAAACACUUUGCGACA